UCAUUGGUUGGCGGGGCAGCAGUGUGAGAGGUGAAAGGUUAACGCAUGGGUUUGGAUGAUCGAGCGGGCUGCAGAGCAGUGAAGCACACUUGCUUUUGUACAUAUUCGCUUGUUUUGUAGGGAACUGAUUUGCGGAUAUUUCAUCUAACGCAUAUUUAAGUGUGUAUUCAGUGUAAUGGCCGAGAGACCAGAGGACCUCAAUCUUCCCAAUGCUGUCAUCACGCGGAUUAUAAAGGAGGCAUUGCCAGAUGGCGUUAACGUCUCCAAGGAGGCUAGACGAGCGAUAUCUCAAGCAGCCAGUGUUUUCGUUCUCUAUGCAACAUCUUGUGCAAACAAUUUUGCUAUGAAAGCAAAAAGGAAGACACUCAACGCUGGAGAUGUGAUGUCAGCUAUGGAGGAGAUGGAGUUUGAGCGUUUCUUGCAACCCUUGCGGGAAGCACUUGAAGCUUACAAAAAAGGUCAGAAAGGCAAGAAGGAGGCAUCUGAGCAAAAACGUAAGGACAAGGAGAAGAAGAGCAGCACAGAUGAGAACGACAAGAGUAGAGAUGAAGAGGAAGACGAGCACAUGGAUGAUGAGCAGGAGGGAGAGAAUGAAGGAGAGGAAGAAGAUGUGGAGAACUGAGAGCAAGCAGGAUUUUUGUAUUUGUUCAGUCCGUCCUGGUUUUCGUUAACCAUGGCAAAUAAAAGUUUCCACGUUAAUGGUGGGACAAGGACAAGCCUAUGGUACUGGAAUACAAGUGUUUCACUUUAUGAAAUUGAGCAACUGUACAAAAACGAUUGUGGCAACUUUCCUGCGGGGUGCUCCUUUGAAUACAGUGAGGUAUAGUUAAAGAGAAACUGCACAUUGUCUCCUCAUUCACUUUAAUAAUUUGUACGUAACGCAGUAGUACCCACACAGUUAAGCAAAUAAAUUUAGUGUCUGGAGUCAAGAAAUGGAAAAACAUGUCAUGUGUGUUAAUGAUUUAUGAGGAAUGAGAUGUAAGCGGCUAGAAGUACUUAAACAUUUUGUUUCUGCUGUUGUGAAACGUUCUAUGCCAUUCCCAUUUUAAAAGUCAGGCUUUUGUUCUAGGGCAACACAUACCCAAGCUUACAUUCUUUUGUACUGAGUCUUUUUAUAACUUGGGAAUUUGAGUACAUGUUAGCUUUUUUAUUUUCCCUCAAAUAAAGAGUUGUCAUUUUAAAA